CAUGUAUCUAUAUUAGGCCUGUAAGUCUGUUUGAGUUUCAGAAUCAACAGUGAUACAAGCCGCUGCCAGCAAGAGGGCACUCUCUAUACCACUGUAUCAUCAGAUUCUUCUGAAGCCGUGACCUAAAUAAUGCUUCAAUCCAAAGCUUUAGCUCUUACUCUGAUCCUUUUCCUAGGGAGUACCCUGACUGAUGUUGGUGCUAAAGCCAUCUCAAAGAGACAUAUCCGUCGUGACUGGUUGGUCAUACCUGACGCAAUUGCAUAUUAUGUGUACGAGUCUGUGAACAAAGUGUUUCCUAAAGCUGCUGAGGUUUUAGCUGAAGCUGUCCAAACUCCGAUGAUUCUUGAGACAAGGAACUUCUUGAUACAGAAAACGGCUAUGAUCAGUCUGCUAGUUGAACAACUGACAGAGAAUGUAUCUAGCUUAUGGCAGAAAGGAGAGAAUGAACCAGCACAGCAGUAGGACCUAAAUGAAUCUGUUCAGUGCCCUCUGCUUUGUAUUCAUAGAAAUCAAUAAUGUUCAGUUUUUGAUUAUGCCACUAGAGGGAAUCAGUAGUCCUUCAUCAGUGAGGAGAAGAAGUUAUGAAGUCUUGCCAUAAUAAUUACCACCUGGUAAAAUCACUUAACUGAAUUGUCACAGAUUAUAACCUUUGCAUUUCCUUACCCUUCAACUGCGCUGUUUACAUUCCACGCGCACACACAGGGAAUGGACCACAGCUCAGCCACAGAGCAUCUGUUUGCACACAGAAGGUCCCAGCUUUAAUCCCAGGCAAUUCCAGAUGGAGCUGGGAAAGACUCCUGCCUUAAAGCCUGGAGAGCUGCUGCCAGUCAUUGUAGACCCUACUGAGCUAGAUGGAGCAAUGGUCUGACUCAGGAUAAGGUAGCUUCUUAUAUUCCGGUGUCCUCCCCUCUAUAUCUAUGCGUGUAUUAUAUACUGUAGCUGCUAACUAAGGCUAAUGUCUCAUGUAUCUGAUGAGUAGACUCUAAUUCAUGAAAGCUUAUGCCAUGAUAAAUAAAUGUAUUGCUGUUAAAGUG